UAUAUGCCCUUUAAGAUUUUCUCUUUUGUUUCCUCAGUCAGUAGUUGACCAGAUAUGUGUAGGAAGGGACUGUGAGGGGAUCCCUGACUGCCCCCAGCCUCCGGUGGGGAAGACCGUUAACUACAUGAUCUCCUUCCCCCAUAACUAUCCCCCGGGCACUCGACCCACCGACAUGAAGAAUAACUGGAUUGUAUUCAGGGAUGAUAAAGAAAUGAGGGAGUGGAUCGCAGCAUUGGAAGAUGUGUUGGAUGUUAAACCAUUAGGUGUCCAACCAAAACCGAAAAAGGCACAACCCCGACAAGUUAAGGAAUCAUCGCAGUUAGCACCACUCGAAAAUCAACCAGACCCAAAAGAAGGCCUCCCGAAGGAUCCGGAGAAAAAAGAUGACACUAAAGGAGAAGAAAUGCAAAUCAGUCACACCAAUUUCCAUUUGCUUCUGGCCCGCGGGCAAGCUUCUUCCAGGUAUUCGGAAGACAACAUGCCACAUUUCGGCCAGGCUUAAUGUUGGGGGGGGGGAGAGAUUUUAAUCCUACUGGCCUUGUUAAACCUACUGGCCUUGUUAAAACUAUAGCAUAUUUAAAUCACUUGUGUUUAAGAUAUUGAAAUUCAUUGCAGCAAAGUCAAAAAAAUAUAGCAAUGUUUAUUUAAAUGUAUAAAAUCAAAAACAUGCCAGGUGUUUUCAUAUGUUAUUGUUUCACUUUUGGUGUAGGUGUCUAUACGUACAUGUACAUGUAAGGCCAUAAUAAAAAUAUUCCUAGAUUCUCAUCCCCGCCCGCCCCGAUUUUAUACCCCCGCCUUGAUUUUUUUAUUUCUGUUUUUCUUCUCUUUUCUUUCGUCUUAAUUCUGAUCGGGAUCGGUAUUCAUCUACCAUUCUACUUUCAUUUUAAAUCCCACGAAAGUCGACAUGAUUUUGACAGCUGAAAAGAUGGUAAUUGCUGUAAUACAUGCGUAUAUAUUUUUAACAAGGAUCAUUGGUUGAAAAAGAUUGGUGAUGAUGUGAAGUAAGAGAUAAUUGAACCUUUACUAUGACUUUUAUUCGGGUAUUGUAUAUAAAAUUACACCGAUUGACCAGGUCAAUAGAAAAUCUGCAAAAUUGAAAAAAUAAAAAUUAUAAAAUAAAAGCCGCCCGCCCGCCUCGAUUUUUUUUAAAAAAUCGGAUGAGAAUUUAGCAAUUUAUUUAUUAU